GCUGGCUGAUACGCGGUUGUGGUUCGUUUUGUGGUGCGGAAAUGUGAGAGUUUCGCGUCGAGAACGAGAAAAUCGACACCGACUAGCGUGCGUCGUUAGUCAACGAGGAGGAAACCGAACGGAUCACACGAAUUCGCCAAAGGUUUCUGUCAAGAUAAACACGAAAUAGGAUGACACUCGUGGUUUGAACGAAGAUCUCGAUCUCGUGCGUGCAGUCUGCCAGUUGCGACAUGGCGGGUUUUCGAGACGAGGACAAGGCUCUGUUUCCUAUACAGAGCAUCUCCUCCAUCGUGCAGAUUUUCCAGAACCAGCUGGAAAACAGCUCGGAGCCGGAUCUGGCUUUGCUCUCGAUUCUCGUCGGCGCGGUCGAGAAUUCCCUAACCUGCAAUCGAACUUUUGCGUCGCAGGAAGCCACUGUUUACGACGAGCUGAAAUUGCCGGCGGUCGAGUUUCACAUCGCGGAGGCACUUUACACCAAGUUCCACGCCGUGAUCAAGGGAGCGGUCGAUCUCACGGUUUACGACACCAAAUACGCGACCAGAGAACUCGUAAAAAAGGUCUCGGACGUGAUAUGGAAUUCUCUCACUAGAAGCUACUAUAAAGAUCGCGCGCAUUUGCAAAGCCUCUAUAGCUACCUCACAGCGAAUAAACUGGAUUGUUUCGGGGUGGCGUUUGCCGUGGUUGCCGGUUGUCAGGUGUUGGGAUUUAAGGAUGUGCAUCUUGCUAUGUCUGAGGACCAUGCCUGGGUGGUAUAUGGAGAGGAUGGAACAGAAACAGCAGAGGUUACAUGGCAUGGAAAGGGAAAUGAAGAUAAACGUGGACAACCGGUCGAGCCUGGUGUGGCUUCAAGAUCCUGGUUGUACGUGAAUGGACAGGCAGUUGUAUGCUCCAGGGCUAUGGAAGUUGCUACCAUAGUAUCGGCUAUUAAUCCUAGUUUAAGCGCGACUGCUGAUGCAGCAGAAGUGGCUCUGCUCCAGCAGGAACUAUUAUGGUUGUUAUACGAUUUGGGUCAUCUGGCAAAGUAUCCUAUGGCUCUGGGUAAUCUGGGAGAUCUCGAGGAGGCUGCGCCUACUCCAGGUAGACCUCCAGCCAUUGACCUGUUUCAGGAAGCCAUACGAACAGCGAGAAAGUAUUACGGGAAUGCCCAUGUAUAUCCUUAUACCUAUCAAGGCGGUUAUUUGUACAGACACGGACUGCACGCGAACGCGUUGUCGUCGUGGGCAGACGCGGCAGACGUUUUAAGAAAGUACGACUAUUCGAGGGACGACGGAGAAAUAUAUAAGGAACUGUUGGAAAUAGCAAACGAGUUGAUACCGCACACAGUGCGAGCGGACGAGCGUCUGUUACGACAACCGCGAUGUUUCGCGUACCUGUUGAGGUUCUACGACGGAAUAUGCCAGUGGGAAGAGGGCGCGAAUACACCGGUACUGCACAUAGGAUGGGCUCGACCUUUGGUGAACACAAUCUCGAAGUUCGACGCCGGUAUUCGCGCUCAGGUCAUUAUAGAGUGUUACGACGUGGAGGCGAAACAGGAGGAGGAGAGGGCGCAGAAGAGGGAGACCAGCCCGGAAGAAACAUUGAACAACAACAACAACAAUUAUUGUAAGACGAAGGAGAGGGGCAACACGGCACGCGAUUUGAUCAAAAGCUUAGAGUCGAAAGUACCUUCUAAUCCAGCCCCGAUGCAUCCUAGUAUUCAAGCCUUGACCGCGGCGUGCAGCGAGAAAAUACUUAACAGAGAUUACCUCUUGCAAGGCGGCGGAGAACCGUUCGUCGCUCCGCCGGACGACGCUCUGCCGCCUGCACCUUCCACAUCUCAGGAGAACCUUGAUCCCGAGGUAGAGACUGAUUCCGAGAACGAGAGGCCAAGGAUAACGUUGUACAGUCAGAAGAUGAAGGGUCUGAAGGACCUGUUGCUGGCCGAGAAGCUGAACACGCACGCGAUCUCGUUGCAGCUGACCGCGCAGAGUCAGGUACAAAUCGGUAAGAAGUCGCGCGGCAGCGACGACGUUGGAGUCAGUCAGCGUCCAAAGAGGACGCGUCGGGAAUAGUAUAAGAUCAUCGACCGCCGUUUCGGUAUCGUGAAGUAUUGAAACAGUGCCACUAGAUUUAUUUCUAUCGGUGGCGCGCGUACGCGAACGUAUGGAAAUGGUUUCCAUAUAUCGUUAGAAUCUCAGUCUUCGCUCACGGUUUCUUUCUGUUCGAGUGAAUUCCCCGAUCCAAGCUUCUACGCGGCAACGAUCGCGGGGAAGCUGGGGCGAUGGUGAUGAAUUUUGUGCCGUUUCGUUUUUGAACCCCCCGCGCCCCGCGCGUAUCGUUCUUCGCGACGAUUCGAUCGAUCGAUCGUUACGCGAGUCAUCGCGAAACACGUUCGCGCGGAAACCGCGGGACGCGUCGUCGUUUAGAUACAGGAACGGGCAAAAUGUAUUUAAAAGAAAAAUAUUCGAACGACGAAUACCUCGUCCACUUGUAUUCUGUUCCGUAGUCAAAAUGCUUGAAGGUAUUCGUGAAUUUUAUUCGGUAGCCGAUGCACGGAACACUUUUAUUCGACCUCGUCGUCGGACACAGAAUACGCAGGGUAUUUUAUAAAAA